AUGCUUUUUAUUUUUUCAAUUAGUAUUGUAUUUUUAAAAUUAAGUGGUUAUAAAUUUAUUUGCCAAAAAAAAUAUAAAAAUUUUUUUUUUGAAAGAACAAAAUGCUAUCUUGCUGUAUCAAUAACUGAAACAGUGUUUCGUACGAUAAUUCAUCCAAAAAUAUAUCCACACCAUGUUUUCAAAAUAGCCAGUACUAUAGAAAAAGAAAGAAAACGUGGUUGUCCUUAUUUAACUGAAAGUACUAAAUUAAUAAAUAAAUUAGUUUCAAAAGCUCUCAUGGAGCAUUUUACUGAAAGUUUAAAUUUUAUGUGCUAUUGUGUUAGCAAGAUAUUACUUUUUUCAAAUAGUUACGCAGUAUCCGUUUAUUAUCCAGAAAAUCAAGCACAGUGUAUAAAUGGAAAAUUAAUAAUUAAUACUAGAAGAAAUUCGAUUGGAGGCAUUUAUAGAAGACUUCCAACAAAAUAA